CGGAAAUAAGCAAAUUAAGGCAAGGGAGAGACUGUUCAUCAUCUCCCUCCUCGAGGGAUCCACUUGCAAACUCUCCAUUUUUGAUGGAUUCAUCGAUCCGAUUAUUAAAUUAUUAUUAUUAUCAUUAGAGAAAAGAAAAUUAAUUAAUUGAUUAAUUAACAAGAACAAUAAUUAAAAGGAGGAGGAGAAGAAAUGGCAUAUAGAUCGGACGAAGACUACGAUUAUCUGUUCAAGGUGGUGUUGAUAGGGGACUCCGGCGUCGGGAAAUCCAAUCUGUUGUCCCGAUUCACGAAGAACGAGUUCAGCUCCGAGUCAAAAUCCACCAUUGGCGUCGAGUUCGCCACUCGGACCAUUCAGGUCGACGAUAAGGUCAUCAAGGCUCAGAUCUGGGACACCGCCGGCCAAGAAAGGUACCGUGCAAUUACGAGUGCGUAUUACAGAGGAGCGGUGGGAGCCUUACUGGUGUACGACAUAACUCGGUAGGUGACGUUCGAGAACGUGCAGCGGUGGCUGAAGGAGCUCCGGGACCACACCGACCAGAACAUCGUCGUCAUGCUCGCCGGAAACAAGUCCGACCUCCGCCACCUGCGGGCGGUGCCCACGGAGGAGUCCGCGGCCUUCGCCCAGAGGGAGAGCACCUUCUUCAUGGAGACCUCCGCCCUGGAGGCUGUCAACGUGGAGACCGCCUUCACCGAGGUGCUGACUCAGAUCUACCGCGUCGUCAGCAAGAAGAGCCUCGACGCCGGCGACGACCCGUCGGCGUUGCCCAAGGGGCAGACCAUCAACAUCGGGAACAGGGACGAUGAGCUUUCCGCGGUUAAGAAAACUGGGUGUUGUUC